AUGCCGAAAAACGACGACACCAGGACCGGUUCAAUUUAUACGGUUGAACCGGUCCCCUACCCAAAUUAAAAAAAAAAAAAAGCACAAUGAUAAACUGUCACGCCCCAAACCUCUCGGACACAUGACCUUUAUUACACACUACAAAUUGCACAACAGCAGCUUACAAGUGUGUAUCUUCGAUACUCAAGAAGGAUAGCCGAAUCCUAUCCAUGGCCUUAUCAAACGGGCUUAUCUACACCGGAUUUGAUAUGAAUAUGGUCCGGAUAAGGAAGUUUCCAGAGUUUACGGAAUUUGGUCAGCUUAAGACCAGAGCUCUUCCUUGGUCGUGGCAUUGGUGGUGUCAAAUGAUAAGGUGUUUGGUGCCUACGGUGAUGGAAAUAUUCGGGUGUGGUGCAGAGCAGGAAAUAGUAGUCUUUUUAGGUACGUUACAUUGGGGACGAUUCCCAAGAAUGGUAGUUAUGUCCGGAGCCACAUUACUGGAAGAGAAAAGUAGUAUAACCGAAAGCAGUCUUCCAGAAGGUCUUUUGGAAGCAAGUGCACCAUUUGCGCCACACAAGUUUGGGGAGAUAAAGCGGAGCCAAUAUGGGAAGAUACACCAGCCAUUCUCGAGCUCCAAAUGGGACGGGUCCAAGCACACCCCCAAAAUAGGUGAAAAGUGUUAAAUAAUGGCUCAUAUUAGAAGUUUGAGGGGAGCGUAGCGCACCAGUAGAGUAGUUGCUCGACCUGUGCUCAAUAGCUGCUCGACCCCAACUGCCCAACAACCGUUCAACAGAUGCUCGAACGUAGACUGCUCUGGAAUGGGCAGCAACUAGUGCUCGACAA